AUGGAUGAUCCUGUUCGGAAAGAUCGAAGCCCAACUGCCUGGCCUAAAAGGCAAAGCGUGACACCACACCAAAAAUUUUUCCAGUUGCCUUCCAGUAACUCCGAUGAACACAAGCACCUUUUGACAUGGGACAUCACUUUGACGGAACUUCAAACCUUUUUUCUAUCUGGUGAGACGGUCCUUUGCAAUUGGCAUUCACACCUUCAAGUGCCCGAUUUUGUCCGUGCAGCCCUGAAUCAGUCCACGGAAUCUGAAGGCUUGACAUCUAAUUUCAGUCAAUUUGACCGUCUAAUUAUUUACACGGACGGGAGUUCCAAGCCGUCAAACCGCCGAAAAGCGCCUUUGUGGGUCCAAGAGCACGAUGUGCCAGAUGCAUGGGCUUUCAUUGUGCUUGGUGAAAAGUAUGGUGAGACUGAGGACAGCUCGACCAUUUCCUUCCUUGGAUGGCAUUCGCAACCCGUUUUGUAUGAAUCAUCCUUGCCGCAUUUUCUUGGCACCGAUGCAAUUGGGUCCGAAUUUGCGGAAAGAGAAGGUUUAUUUUGGGCCGGAAUUUGGAGGUUAGGUAUUGACUCAACCAUUCCCACUGUUUUCAGAACGGAUUCAAGCACUACUGCGAGCCAAGCAGCUGGAAAUACCAAUUGCCAUGACAAUCACCCAACUUUUGUUUUGUUGCGCAGUGUCUUUCAGACGCUAUCAGCAGGACUUGAUAAUGAUGGAUUGAUUGUGGAUCAUGUUGCAGGGCAUGCUGGGGACGCAUGGAAUGAGCUUGCGGAUCACCUUGCCAAGACUGAGGCUGCCCAAGGCGACAGCUACGCUGAUGUAGUGUUCGGCCUGCUUUGGGCCAAGCUCCUGCGUACUUAUGAAUCAAAACUGAUCGAAGCUGAUGUUCUGACGCAUGCCGUGAUCAUUGCGGCGGGCCUGCCAUCACCAACUGAGCUUCUCCGAUCCAUUGUUGAUCGGGAGCUCCACGAAGCUGUCGAUGGAGCGGUUCCAUUUCUUUAUGGCCAAGGGCCCCAUUUGCCUCCUCAUGUCCGUCAGGAUUUUGUGCAGUACGAUUUGGAAGUUUUGGAAGCCAUUUACCUUGGUUUGGUUGACAUGGAACCUGGCAUGGAUCCCCUGUCGACGCUGAAGCAGACGAUCCAACAACAGCCGCUUUGUUGGACCACAUGUUGUCACACGUUGCGACAUUUCCUUGAAACUUUCACGCCUGAAGAUGCUGAACCUUUAUGUGUCACAUUUGAACAGGUUACGACAUGCAUCAAUUCCUUGCUCAAGGUUGAUCAUUGGCCUUUUCUUGUUGCGCAGAAGCAGCCUGACUCAUUGUCAAGACUCCGACUUGAUGAAUGGGAAAACUGGUACGCCGAGCUGGCAACUGAGCCCAGUGGCAACAGGGAUCUGCCACCAGCCAUCCCCAGACUACCUUGCCGUUUCAAAGUUGUGCUUCAUGCAUACGCUGGAAGGCGUAGGCAAGUCAUGAUUGGAACGCUCCUCUUGGGCUUCGCUUUCGAGUGUAUGGCGGCACUGGCCACUGUGACAGGGGUGGGUCUACUUGAACACCCCAAAGACCCAGAGAAUCCCCAUUAUGUGAGUAUAUGGCGAUUACCAAUUUUACGGUUGCUGCUGACUUUGCCUCGCAUGAGACUGAUCUCGCUCUCCCAGGGACUUUUCGGGGCCCCUUCUCCCAAGCCUACGACUUUCCUGGUUUUGGGCAUGGAGACGCUGGAAAUGGACUUGCAUCGACAUCGUCUUUCAGGUCAUCUUCCUCAAGGUUGUUCCAUCGGCAAAGAUUCCAGCGGAAAUUAUCGCACGGCGCCACUCAAAGAAUAUCCUCCAUCUCUUUGUUUGGCCAUUGCACGUUUGGAGUGUUUGGUCUCCAUAGGCCGAAACAGCUGCGUCUCGGUGCCUGAUGCAGAGGUUCGGCCCGAAAACUUUGGACAAUUGGUGCAUCUGAGUGGUCGGGCGCUCCGGCCCGAGGCAUCCAUCCAGGAUCCCAGGUUUUCAUGCAGCAAACUGGGCAACUCCUGCACACGUCUCCGCACACAAGUUCAGGCCUUCCAGUGCGACGGUGUUGCAACGAAAUGGUCGGAGGAGAUCUCUGGAAAGGAGUCCUCACCAUCGAUGCCUGUUGGAACCACCAUCUCCAACUCAAGCUCCGUCAGAUAUGGAGCCAACUUCUCUUUGCCCGACGGUUUGCUGGAUCAGUGCACAGACUUCCGCUCGGCGACGAAACUCUUGGGUUCGGAGGUGUGCAGCCGAGAUGGACAGAUGAGAUUUCAACAGCACAAAGAUGGCUUCUUCUACUGGAGGACGGGUGCGGAGACCAGUUGGACCGCACUCCAGGUAGCCCAGGAGCCUCGAGCUGGUGACCUGCGAGCUCGAUUUGAAGUGAUCUUCGCAGGAAGUGCCACCAUUCUGGCCCUGCAGGUGGCCAGUGAUUCUCAAGGAGAGGCAACUCUUCUACCCUACAGGUUGGUGCCACUUUUACCUUUCGGUGACGAGAAGCAGCUGAGGGUCCAGGAGGCUCGGAAGUCACGCAUUGGCCUGGCCCUGGAGGACCAGGUUUGCCCUGACAGCUGCUUAUGCUUUAGUUGCAACUUCGUGGCCGGGUGCUGCACUGGUGUUGCCACGCCCGAGAUCUUUCGGCUCUUUGAGGGCAACAGGCCCUUGGAAGCUUGCUUUGCGGAUCUUCGAAAGAAUUGCAACCUGGACGUAGGCCUUGGCACUUGGACGUUUCGGCUGCUCGUAUUGUCGAUUCUCGUUGCUGGAAUCUACAUGUCUUUCUCGGAGGCCUUUCUUCAUCUGUACCCAGUGAUGAACUCCGUGAAGAGCUCUUCCGCAAGGUUCACAACCAGCCUCUGCGCGGCCCUGGCUAUGACCUCUACUGUUAUUGGUGUCGUUUUCUUUCCAUACAAGAUCGGCAAAUCCUGCAUUUAUUUCACCGUAGCAAUUUUCUUCUUGCUGUUCCCAAUAAUCCUGAUGUGCUGA